UUCUGACUCCCUUAAGAGGAGGUUGGGGCAGAAGCAGGCUUACAGGUGAGAGCGGAGGCAGGCGCUGCUCCUGGAACCGCAGCAUGUUGCAAUGGAGUCUUCUGGUAGUUUCUUUUCUCCUUCCUCCAGUUCCAGCAAACACAGCAAAAGAACUCCCUAAGGCCAAGAAAUAUGAAGUGGUUUAUCCCAUAAGACUUCAUCCAUUGCGUAAAAGAGAGGCCGAAGAGCCAGAGAAAAAGGAAGCAUUCGAAACUGAGCUAAAGUACCAAAUGUCAGUUAAUGGGAAGGUGGCGGUGCUGUACUUGAAGAAGAACAACAAGCUCCUAGCACCAGGGUACUCGGAAACACACUAUAAUUCCAGUGGAAAAGAGGUCACCACAAGCCCACAAAUCAUGGAUAGCUGUUACUACCAAGGACACAUCAUAAAUGAGAAAGCCUCCGAAGCCAGCAUCAGCACAUGUCAAGGUUUAAGGGGCUACUUCAGUCAAGGAAAUGAAAGGUAUUUUAUUGAACCGCUGAGCUCUGUGAGCAUGGAUGAGCACGCCCACGCAGUCUUCAAGGAUGACCCCAAUGAAGACCAGGCUAACAGCAAUUGUGGCGUGGAUGAUGUGUUAUGGAACCAAAGGCUGCAUCAGAGCGUGGUCCUACCUGCCACCAGACUGAUUAAGUUGAAUAAUGGGAUGGUUCAAGAACCUAAGAAAUACAUUGAAUAUUAUUUGGUCCUGGAUAACGGUGAGUUUAAGAAGUACAAUAAAAAUCUUGCUGAAAUAAGAAAAAGAGUGUUUGAGAUGGCCAAUUACGUCAACAUGCUUUACAAAAAGCUUGAUACCCAUGUGGCCUUAAUUGGAAUAGAAAUCUGGACCGAUGAAGAUAAAAUAAAGAUAACCCCAGAUGCCAACACCACCUUGAAUAACUUCUCUAAGUGGAGAGGGAAUGACCUGCUAAAACGGAAGCAUCAUGAUAUUGCCCAGUUGAUAUCCUCAACAGACUUUUCUGGAUCAACAGUGGGCCUAGCUUUCAUGUCUUCAAUGUGUUCUCCUUAUCAUUCUGUUGGCAUCAUUCAGGACCACAGUAGCUACCAUCUUCGAGUUGCAGGGACAAUGGCCCAUGAAAUGGGCCACAACCUUGGCAUGAUCCAUGAUUACUUGAGUUGCAAGUGCCCAUCUGAAGUCUGUGUAAUGGAGCAGUCACUAAGGUUCCAUAUGCCCACAGACUUUAGCUCCUGCAGCCGUGUCAACUAUGGCAAGUUUCUUGAAGACAAAUUAUCGCGUUGCCUCUAUAAUACCCCAUUGCCCUCAGCUAUCAUAUCCACCCCAGUCUGUGGGAACCAGUUAGUAGAACUGAACGAGGACUGUGACUGUGGCACCCCAGAGGAAUGUACCAACAAAUGCUGUGAUGCCAAGACCUGUAAAAUCAAAGCAGGUUUCCAGUGUGCUCUGGGAGAAUGCUGCGAUAAAUGCCAACUUAAAAAGGCUGGGUUUGUGUGCAGAACAGCAAAAGAUGAGUGUGAUCUGCCUGAAAUGUGUGAUGGUAAAUCCAGUCACUGUCCAGUUGACAGAUUUAGAGUCAAUGGCUUCCCUUGCCAAAGUGGACAUGGCUAUUGCUUGAAGGGCAAAUGUCCCACCCUGCAGCAGCAGUGCAUGGAGAUGUGGGGCCCAGGAACCAAGGUGGCAGAUAAGUCAUGUUACCAGCAUAACGAAGGUGGCUCAAAGUAUGGAUACUGUCACGUAGAGAAUGGCACACACAUACCCUGCAAAGCGAAAGAUGUCAUGUGUGGCAAGUUGUUCUGUGAAGGUGGGUCAGCUAAUCUGCCAUGGAAAGGACUUACAAUAUCUUUUCUGACAUGCAAAUUAUUUGAUCCUGAAGACACCAGUCAAAGAAUAGACAUGGUGGCCAAUGGAACCAAGUGUGGAAAUAAUAAGGUAUGCAUUAAUGCAGAAUGUGUGGACAUGGAGAAGACAUACAAGUCAACCAACUGCUCCUCGAAGUGCAGGGGGCAUGCAGUGUGUGACCAUGAGCUGCAGUGUCAGUGCAAGGAAGGAUGGGCCCCGCCUGACUGUGAGGAUUCUGCCACAGUCUUCCAUUUCUCUAUCGUGGUUGGUGUGCUCUUCCCCCUGGCAGUGAUAUUUGUGGUGGUUGCUAUAGUGAUCCGGCACCAAAGUGCCAGAAGGAAGAAGAAGAGAGUUCAGAGGCCAUUGUCUGCCACAGAUGCCAAGCUACACAAGCAGAAGUGUAAACCCCCAAAGGUGAAGGCAGUUCAAUCCCAGGAGAUGGGUCAGAUGAAGAAGCUCCAUGUGUCUGAUAUUCCCACUGAAGAGAAUGAGCCUCCUCCUAAUGUCCUAACCACAAAGCCAAAUUUCCCACCACCACCAAUUCCUGUUUCUUUAGAACUAGAGGGCGAUAAAACUGGCCACUGUAUGCUGCCUGGAAUCUCUCAGCUACCCACAGAAGCCAGCAUGUCUUGGGUCCUGCUUUCUGUCCUGUGGCUCACCAUGCAAACCCAAGUGAUAGAUACGAAGUCAACCCCUGAGUUAAAACUUCACGAAAUAGUUUAUCCUAAAAAACUACCCAUCUCACACAGAAGAGGAACUGAGAACAACCAGACUGAGAGAUAUGGCAAAGACGAAAGAUAUGCACCCGAAGUUCAAUAUCAGAUCAUACUAAAUGGAGAAGAAAUUAUCUUCCACCUAAAGAGAAGCAAGAGUCUUCUGGGGCCAGACUACACUGAAACAUCUUACUCACCUAGAGGAGAGGCAACCAGACGCUCUCAGGAUGUGAAACCCUGCUACUAUGAAGGCCACAUCCUGAAUGCAAGAGACUCUCUUGCCAGUAUCAGUACAUGUGAUGGGCUGAGAGGGUACUUCACACAUCAUGAGCAAAGAUAUCAUAUAAAGCCUCUCCAAAGCACAGAUGAAGGAGAACAUGCUGUCCUUCCAUACAGCCAAGGGGAACCAGACACAACUAAUUACAACCAUGGUGACAAGCAUACAGGCAGGAAACGAAGCCAUCUUCGAAUUUCCAGGUCACUGAAAAGCCCAAAUAAAGACUUCCAAGGACAAAAAUAUAUUAAUCUCUUCUUGGUGCUGGAUAAUGCCUUUUAUAAGAUGCAUAAUGGAAAUGUGACUCAGAUAAGAAGCUUUGUGUUUGAGGUUCUGGAUCUGCUCAAUGUGAUUUUUAAAGCCAUAGAUAUUCAUGUGUCUUUGGUGGAUAUGGAAAUCUGGUCUGACAGUGAUAAGAUAAAGGUGGAACCCAGCAUUGGUACCACAUUCCAAAGCUUUGCGAGAUGGCAUUACUCUAUCCUGAGAAAAAGGAAGAUUCAUAAUCAUGCCCAGCUUCUCAGUGGAUCUGGCUUCCUCCAUGGGCGUGUAGGAAUGGCAGCUUCUAAUUCCUUGUGUACUUCAUCUUCAGUGUCUGUUAUUGAGGCUAAAAGAAAGAACAAUGUGGCUCUUGUAGCAGUGAUGUCACAUGAGUUGGGCCAUGCCCUUGGUAUGAAGGAUAUUGCAUAUAGUACCAAGUGUCCCUCUGGCAGCUGUGUGAUGAAUCAGUACCUGAGUUCAAAAUUCCCCAAGGAUUUCAGUACUGUCAGUCGCUCACUCUUUCAGGGAUUCUUUUCAUCUAGAAAUGUAAGGUGUCUGCAGCUGGCACCUAGUCCUGAAAAUAUAAUAAAACCAACAUGUGGGAACCAAGUUCUGGAAACGGGGGAAGGCUGUGACUGUGGCUCUCCUGAGGAAUGUACCAAUAUCUGCUGUGAGCCCCUGACAUGUAGGCUGAAAUCCCAACCUGAUUGCCAAGAAGAAACAUCCAACCAUAUCACAGAAUGAUCCAGUGUCUACUUCACUGAGAAGCUCCUUUGCCAGGACAAAAGUCUAGAAUGUGAUACGACAGGAGUCUUUCAUAGUUUCACUUUGUGCUUCUAUAUAGACUGGCUUCUGAAUGCAAUGUAUGAAUCCAGAGAUUCAGCCACUGAGCAAUAACAUCCCAAAUACACUUGUAUCUGUAGUGACUAUAUAGAUAUUUUCUCAAUAUUUCCUAAAUAAUGCAGUGUAUCAACUAUUUGCAUAGCAUUUUGUUGUUGUUAUUGAUUAGGUACUAUAAAUAGUCUCGAUAUGACAUUUAGAAGAACUUCAGUAGAUAUGAGAAAAUAUACUCCAGUUCUUAUAAAGGACCUCCAGUUCAGAGAUUUAGGUAUCUCUGUGUUGUGUUCCUGUAGCCAAUCUCUAGGAGACACUGAAGGAAGACCUUUGUUUUUCAGUUUCCAUUCUACUUUCUGUGUUUCUACCAGCACAGCCAAGACAGGUAAUUAGAUGUGAGAUGCUGCAUGUAUGUUCAGGUUUUAUCUGGAGUGGGAAUGCAAGAAUCCUGAAGGGUGGUUUUAGUUUUAAUCUUUGGAGAACAAAAGAAAUGAACCUUUGAUGAAAUGCCUCAACACACUCCACUGAAUUGUUGAGUUGAUCCCAAACUGCAAAAUGACAAGUAAUUUAACCCUAAACCUCUUUGCUGAUGUAGAAAUAAAAAAAUGUCGUCUUCUGAGGGAGAGAGCUAGCAGAAAAAAGAGCAGAGCCCUAGUCUCUUGCUAUUCCUCACUCUAACUCCUAUAAGCGUCUCUACUUUGCUAUCUCAUGGAAUAUUGGUUAUAUCCAAACACUUCUCAUUUGAUAAAAUAUAGUUUCUCCCACUGUCCUGUGUAAGAUUCAUUUUACAAAGUCUGUGUUGCUUGCAAAUUGGUGGAAAUGGAAAUGUAAGGCUUCAUUCUUUGAUUGGUGUAGUAAACUAUGCUAUUAACAAAAA